AUGCCUACGGACAAGGAGGCGAACGCCCGCUCCCAGCCCACCGACGGGCUGCUGAGCCUGCGGAAGAGGAGCCAGGUGGGACGCCGGCAGCCGGAGGCAGCGCCGCAGGGUGGCCGGAGCCAGGCCUCGUCCCUCCGUGGGGACAGGCUGCCACGGCUAGAGAGCUCGCAGGCCACGAGGAGCCGCCACGCGCAGACGGACGGUCUGGCGCGCAGGGUGGCACUGCCCCGCAGCGGGGCGACGCGGGAGGAGGCGACCCGUAUGCCAGCCUUGACGCCUCUCCCCAGGCCGGCGGCGGCAGCCAGGCACGCACCCGCGGCUCGGCUGCAGGGCGCUGCCAGCGCCCGCUGCAAGCUGCCGCCUCUGCCGGCAGCGCCCGCUACGUCUGCUGCCAGGGGCCGGGAAACCAGCACCGGCACGGCAGCCAGCGGCCACCGACGAAUCGUCCCAUCUGCUCAGGGCGUCCGCGGUGACCAGGGCACAGCCGCGAGGGCGCAGGUCCAGAGGCCUGCCCCGCUCAGCCCCACAGCCCGUGCCGCAGCUGUGAAGGGGACGGCCCGGUGCCUCAGGAGCGAGGUCCCGGGCAAGGUUGCAGCUGCAAGCCGGAGACCCAGCCAGCAGCCGGAGGCACGGCGAGACGGGGCGCACAGCACGGCUGUCGCGACGACCGCAAGAACGGAUGAGGUUGGGGCAGCCGACGGCGGCGCGGCCCCUACGGCUCAGCCCGCCUUGGCCGAGGAGGAGGAGUGGGAAGAGGACAGUGACAAAGAGCUGUCCCGAGAAGAUUUCACCACCGACAACAUCUGGGUCAAUCCCUCGGUCCCGGAGCUCUUCCAGGACCCCCACGCUGGUCCCCAGGAAGAGGAGCACCACACGACUCUCACUCCAACAGUGCAGGACGAAGCGAAGUCACCAGCUUCUCCUGUCUUUGGCGAGCAGGACACGGCAUCGGUGGCAGAGAGCCAGACACCGACCCCGCACAGCUCCACAAGCUCCGUCGCGGUUCUGUGCGACAUUGCCGACUGCAUUGCCUUGGCCGAGGAGGAGGAGUGGGAAGAGAACAGUGACAAAGAGCUGUCCCGAGGGGAAGACUUCACCAUCAACACCAUCUGGGAUGAAGCGAAGUCACCAGCUUCUCCUGUCUUUGGCGAGCAGGACACGGCGGCAGCGGCGGCAGAGAGGCAGACACCGACCCCGCACAGCUCCACAAGCUCCGUCGCGGUUCUGUGCGACAUUGCCGACUGCAUUGCCGAGGAGGAGGAGUGGGAAGAGAACAGUGACAAAGAGCUGUCCCAAGGGGAAGACUUCACCAUCAACACCAUCUGGGUCAACCCCUUGGUCCCGGAGCUCUUCCAGGACCCCCACGCUGGUCCCCAGGAGGGGCCCAGCAGCAAGGGCGAAGGGGCAGCUGGCGAGCCGCAGAGUGCCUCUCCUGCUCCAGCGGUGCUCACGGAUGCUGAGCCAGCAGAUUCUGCUCUGGACGGUGCUGCUGAGGAAGAGGGGCACCAUGCACUUCUUGAUCCCGCAGUGCAGGACGAAGCGAAGAAGUCACCAGCUUCUCCUGUCUUUGGCGAGCAGGACACGGCGGCAGCGGCGGCAGAGAGCCAGACACCGACCCCGCACAGCUCCACAGGCUCCGCCGUGGCUCCGUGGGACAUUGCCAACUGCAUUGUGAAGGAGGUCCUGAUGGAGGCUCUGGCUGCGAAACAGCCACCCAGCCAGCAGCCGGCGGAACAGCCGGACCGGGCACAAAGCGUGGAUGCGGUGAUGGCACCAAGAACGCCCGCAGGACCUCAGGACUCCGAGUCUCCCUUGGCUCGAGAGCCUCAGGCAGAGGCCAGCACAGCCCUACUUGUGCCAGCAGCAUGCGAGGAUGGAGAAGACACGGCUUCUCCCAUGGCUGGAGAGCACCAAGAAGAGGCCAGCAGCACUGUUGCCUCCCAGGCAGUGCAGCAGGACGAAGUGGCUUCUUCAUCGCCGCCAAACCCUCUGGCAGAUGCUGGUGUGCCCCACCUUGCCCCAGCAGUGGACGAGGAAGGAGAGGCAGCGGGUUCUCCCUUGGCUCAGGACCCUCAGUACCAGGUGAGCCAGGCGCACGUGGCCGGCACCGGGCAUCCCAAGGCACGGGAGGCAGGCACAGCGCCCGGGCUGUGUGCCGCGGGGAGAUGGCUGGCGGCCUCCGAGCACAGAGGCGACGCGCAGCAAUCCUCCGGCCCCAGCGACGUGCCCGAGGAUGACUCAGGGGGCAGGCAGGAGCUUCCCCGUCAGCCACCCAGCCUCUCGCCUACAGUUCUCCUUUCCUUUCCCCGCAGGCAUCGCCACCCUCCCGCACGCCCCAGCUCGACGGCGAUGGCCCUCCCUCUUCAGGAGGGUGCUGAGGGCUCUGCGCAGGGCGUUCCACUCUGCCUGCGUGGCGGGACAGCAAGAGCAGUAGUGUCCCGCUGCCAGUGCCAGGCGGGUCCCCAGAGAAGGCAGCUGGCCCUGAGCCUGCAUAGCGUCCAGAGGGAGCAGCACGGGGAGGCUCGCAAGGGAUGGGGACGUGGACGGCACCCCAGGCACUCAGCCGCCCUGAGGACAGGAUGCUGCCAGCCACCGCUCGGUUGUGGACACUUUCUGCGCCCAAUAAAGCUCACAGUUUUCCCCCAGUGCUCGUCUGUGCCUGGUCCAUCUCGGGAGAAAGAUGGGUGCAGGCAAGGCCUGUGCCCACAGGCAGAGCUGGAGAGACCCUGUGCUCCCUCUUCGGUGCUCCAGCUCCCGCCCGGCUGGGGCCUCCGCUGCCCUCGCUCCGCAGUGCUAGUAUUUUGA